AUGUCCUCCCACUACCGAAUCAAUAAUGUCGAAAAUUAUUUCGCUUGGAGACAUGAGGUUAUGACUCAAUUUUCGAUGGUUACAAAUUUUGACAAGUUACCCAGAUUAACAGAUGACAAUACUUUAGAAUUUAUGACUGAAUUCUUCCCCAUUUUUGAGGGUUUUGAUGGGAUUGAAAAAUAUUUUACAUCCAAUAGUGAUGAAUUAGAUUUUGAAACUCUUAAAAUCAGAGGUAUUAGGGUCCCACCUGGAGAAAACAAAGCUGAAUUUAUGAGGAUAGCUUGUGAAUUAUUAGACGAAUUAUUUUCUCAACGGUUAAUCAACGAAAAUAUAAUUCCACUGAUGAUGCUUCAGAGAUUUUACCCACAUAAGGAGAUUUUAACUACGGGUGAUGCAUUCAAAUACAUACAAUCUUUAUUUUCAAAACUCAAUUCAACAAAGAUAUUAAAAAAAUUGGAAGAGUUAACAAAACCUUUUUAUGAGAACAAAUCGGCAGAUUCUCACAUGGAAACUUUGAGUCUACUUCAAGGAUUUGGAUAUCACAUUUAUAAUAAAUUAGAUCAAUUUUUAUACAAAUAUCCCAUGUUAAUUAUAUAUUUUAUUGGAUAUAGAGAAUGGGGAAACCUCAAGAGAAUAGUAGCUCAAAUUAUUUUGGAAUUAUUUAAGGAGUUUAUUGAACACUGUGAAAAGGGCUUGGAAUACAAACUUCCAUCUGUGGGCGAAUUUGAAUACAGAUUGCAUACUCAUCCCAAUUUUCCAUCUGACACAUCAACAAUUGUCAAAAAUUCAGUCUUGGCAAUUCAAAAGAAAGAAGAAAAAGAAGCUAAGAGGCUUAAAGAAGAAUAUGAAUUAUCUAGAAAUAGAAAGUUUCGUAACAGAAGCGGUGGAAGUGGUACAACUAGAGGUAAUUUUAGACAAACUAGAAAUGACAGAUUUAAUUUUGAGCAAAGACAUGAUGGAAAUUUUAGAUCGGGAACUGGUUAUAGAGGAAGAAAUCGAGGGUUUAGAGGUAGAGGUAAUUUUAGGGUUGGAAAACCGAGACGUAAUAGAUACUAA